CUUCAUUCACCUCAGCACCUCGUCAUCUCGUUCCCUCUCAUAAUGGGAAGCCUGGCCGUACGAGGCGCCCAAAGAGGGCUCCGAAUUACGAGCCAGAGAUCAUCGAGCUAUCGAGCGCCUCUCGUUGCGUGCCCUGCGUCGGCCAGAGCAUACGCAGUCCAGACUCGGGGUACGCCUGCAGCAAAGGCCAAGGGUGGAAGGGCGUAUCGGCCCAUCGCCUUAACCUCAUCUCCCCACAAUACCUUCUCAUCUUCAUCAUUAUCUCAUAAAGCUUCGUAUGCCUCUUCCUCGAGCAGUACAGCUCCCAAAACGAUCACUGUCCUAGGGCAGACCUACGAGACCGACGACUUCUUCAAUGUCCCACCCUCCAUCCUCUCCCGCCUUGGUCCCCGUCCCGUCUUACCUUACCAGUCCUCACACCCUCUUGAGCUCCUCCGAACACACAUCGAGUCAACCCUAUCUCGCUGCGAGUCCUUGGCUGCUCCCUCGCCUAUAGUGUCGGCCGAGUCCAAUUUCGACGACCUUGGGAUCGCGCCUGACCACCCGGGGAGGAGCCCCACAGAUACUUACUACAUCAACCGACAGACCUGCCUACGCACUCACACCAGUGCCCACGAAGUCGAGACUUUCAAGGCGGGCAAGACAAGAUGGCUGCUGACUGCUGAUGUGUAUCGGCGGGAUGAGAUCGAUGCUUCCCACUACCCCAUCUUUCACCAGAUGGAAGGCGCAUCAAACUGGUCUACUGCGCCCGGUAGCACGGACUUUGACGAAGGAGGGGUGGUGCAAAAGGAGUGUGAGGAGAUGGAGGCACGAUUGGAAGGGGCGCAAAUCGAAAUCGAGGACAAUGUAUCGCUCGAGGAUGCUGGCGGGUGGCAGAAGGGGCACGAGGCUGAUCCGGUGAGGCGCAAGGCGGCAGAACUCGCUCUGCGCCAUCUCAAGGCUACUUUGAACGGGCUGGCCUACGACCUAUUCGGUGAUAGACAUGCAGCAGAAGUGGCUGCCGCUGCUGCUGCCUCUCAAGGCUCAACAGCCGAAUCAAGCAACGAUGGAGCUGCGAGCGAGGUCUCUGAACCGCUGCGGGUGCGCUGGAUCAGUGCCUUCUUCCCCUUCACCUCACCUUCCUUCGAAGUGGAAGUGUGGUUCCGAGGUCAAUGGCUAGAGAUUCUGGGAUGUGGUAUAUCUCAGCAAAGUAUCCUCGAUCGGGCCUCUGUGCAAGAUCGAGUAGGCUGGGCCUUUGGACUAGGCCUAGAAAGGAUAGCUAUGGUCCUCUACUCUAUUCCCGACAUUCGUCUCUUCUGGUCCAAAGAUGAGCGUUUCCUCCGACAAUUCCAGCAGGCAGAUCAGCCUACUCGAAUGCCCAAGAUUGACUCCUCCGAGGCGGGUGUGUCGGAUGCGGGGGGGAACAUGGAUCAGAGGAGGAAGAAGUUGGUGACCUUUCGACCUUACUCCAAGUUCCCUUCGUGCCAUAAGGACGUCUCCUUUUGGCUACCCAAGCCAGACCUCGUAAAAGAUGCAGGGUCGGACAGCUCUACAACUGAGCCAGUAGAGGUAGCAUCUCCACCUUCUUUCCACGAGAACGACCUGAUGGAGCUCAUUAGGGAGACGGCCGCGGACCUUGCCGAGGACGUAAAGUUGAUCGACUCGUUCAGUCAUCCUAAGACGGGCAGGGUGAGCAAGUGCUACCGUAUCAACUAUCGAAGCAUGGAGAGGAGCUUGGAGAAUGAAGAGGUCAAUGCCCUGCACGAUGUCGUUGUGCAAAGGGUCAGGGACGAGCUGGGCGUGGAGAUCCGCUAGGCAACUUCUCGUCUAGACGGACACUGAGCGAGGAGAAAGGAUGGUACAAUUUGAGAGGCCGGAGAACAGACAGAGUACAUGUACAAGUAACCAAAAUGACACCACUACCAUCAUCAACAUCACCUCGAUCAAUACCACUUGCCAGUCCGGGCCGUCGUGGCGCUCUUACGUGUGGGUA